AUGGACACUCCCUCACACUUCUUCAGCGACUCAUUGGCAUACGAGGAUUCCAACCCAUACCAAGAGAACGACCAGGAUGUCGUGUAUGAAGUCCCUCACGAAAUCCCCCACGGCAUCUCCCACAAUAUUCCCCAUGAUGUCCCCCCUGAUGUAGGCAUGGGCGAGGCCGGGCUUCAGUCGCUCUUUGUUGACCCGGGCCUAUACGGAGGAGGAAGACAUCAGGACGUGAACGGACUAGAAGGGCUCGGUGAUCCGGACAGUAUGGACGCGAAUACAAGCUCUCUUUCCGAUGUCAUGUCACGGGUUUCCACUCGACGGUCUUCGAGCAAUAAGUCAAACUCGCAUCGAUCAUCCCAAUCCGGUAGCAUGUCGACGGACAUAACUCCCCCAGACCAAGAUCCGCCCAAGAAAAGGAAACCGAGAAAAAAGGACGCCAACAUGGAGGCGGAUGAGCACAAGAGGAACAAGUUCCUGGAGCGGAACCGACUCGCCGCGAGCAAGUGUCGGGAGAAGAAGAAGCUGUACACCCAGGAGUUGGAGGGAACAAAGAUCAGCCUUGAAGCAAGAAACGGAAGUCUGCAAAGGGAAUACAGUAUUCUGCUCAGUGAGGUCAGCGAUCUGAAGCACCAGUUAAUGGUACACGCCAAGUGCAAUGACCGCAACAUCGACCUGUGGCUUGAGAACGAAGCUCGGCGUUUUGUCCAGACCAGCGAUGCCUUUGGUCAACCGUUUGCCGGCCUGGGACAACCUGGACAGACUUCAGGCGUGCCAGGGGUGCCGGGAUCCCCCAAAAGUCGACACGCAAGCAUAGCUCCAAGCUACCCGGCAAUGACAGGAGUCCAGCUCGGUGUUCUUAGACCAGGCGCAGAAGGGCAAGGCGGCAACGGCGGCGGCGGCGGCGGAGGAGGCGGAUUGACAUACGGUCAGUCACCGGGCAUACUUGCUCCUCCAAAUGCAAACACCACUGCUCCAACUCACGAGCAAUCCGCUUCAGCUUCGGACCUAUACCCAACUCCCGGUGGUGCCAGCGGUGGCUUCUCGAACACCAUUCCCCCUGGUAUGAAGAGAAAGCCUGACAUUAACUAUGACCACAUGCCCGAUGACAUGUUCAGCGAUCAGUCAACUUUUGGGGGCGGAUAA